AUGAUAUUCACUUUUGUAUUAAUUUUCAUAUUACCAGCAUUAACAUUAUGUGGCCAAACUGCAAAAAUUAGAAUGUAUCUUGUACAAAAACCUAAUGAAGCUCCAAAAAAAUAUAUUGGAAUAAUAAAGCUCACACAAUAUAAUAGUGGUUUGAUUAAAUUCUAUGGAACCGUUAAAGGUUUGAAACCAGGUGCACAUGGAUUCCAUAUUCACGAAAAGGGCGAUCUAGGUAAUGGUUGUAGAAAUGCUGGAGCUCAUUUAAAUCUUUACAAUAAGCCUCACGGUGGUUUGAAAGGUUCUAGAAGACAUCAAGGUGACUUAGAAAAUAUUAUCGCUGAUAAAAAAGGAGUAGCAAUUGUUAAUGUAACUGUAUGUGGACUAGGUUUUAAACGCCCUGUUGAAAUAAUGAAAAGAAGUCUUGUAAUUCAUGAAAAAGAAGAUGACUUAGGAUUGGGAAAUCAUGUAGAUUCUCCUACUACAGGUAACUCUGGAGGUAGAGUUGCUUGUGGUCUAUUUUCUAAAAAAUAA